AUGAGCGAGUCCGCGGAGCAGCUCCGCCAGAUGCAACUGCUUCAAAUGGCGGACCUAGGAACCGCUCGGCGUGAAAUGAUUUCCACAGACGAGAUCAGGAAACAGGCUCGUGUCCACAUUGCCGAUAUCGAAUCCAAGCGACGGCUUGAUCAGAGAGAUGAAGCUCAAUUGAGCAAAUGGGCAAAUUUGCAUGCUGAGAUCGGAGAUACUAGUGGAAUGGAGGAACUCGAUGACAUAGAAUGCGGCCAGUCCCACCGAGCUAAUUUGCACGCGAUGUUGCACCCCAGUGGAGGUCAGCCGCAAACCUACGCAAACCACCUUUACCCAACUCCAUCUGCAGGUCGCGGUGGUGGUGUUAUGGGAAAGAGAGGACGAGGUGGUUUUGCUCCUCUCCCCAGGGGACCUACUAAUCUUCCCCCAAUCCCUCCAAGACCCUCCUUUCAUGGAAAUGUUACACUUCCAGGACUCCCAGGACCGCGCGGUCGCUCGGCUACAAUGUCGGCCAGCAUUCAUUUGGACCCUGCGUUAAACUGCAACAACGAUGACAGCGAUGCUCGAGAUCGAGGAAGGGGACGUGGGCGAGGCAGAGGCAGAGGAAGGGGCAACGCCCAAGAACAGGUUCACAUGCCGCCUUCCGCCAUCAGGCCUCAUCGGGCAUCUCCAGCCGUCAACUUCGCCACUAAAAUCUCUGAGCCCGGGGACUUCAUGUCCUUAUUUCAGUCCCGCCGGGCAACUGAAACGUACAAGAAGCCUACCGAUACAAUCGUCUCUGCUCCAAUUCCGAAGACUACAUCUUCGCAGGAAUCCAUUCCACCCAAUGUGCCAAGGGUGAAAAUGCCUCCGAGCGAUACACCCAAGAAGAAAAAGGCGAACAUUCUUCCAGUUGCGAAGCCUGCAUCAUCGCCAGUGGCAACAUCGACAACGCCAUCUCGGGUUGUUCCUAUUGAGACGACUACAUCGUUCCAACCCUCCACGGCCCAGGCUACUACUGGAACCAAGAAAUCUCAGCCACAUAUUGGACCCUAUGAGGUGGAGACGCCCUCACGGUCAGCCCGUGUUGUUCCUCUUGAGAGGACCGCAUCCUUCAAAACCCGCAAGGCCCAGCCUGAUACACCCAAAUCUUCUCAGCCACGUAAUAAACUCCCUCCAGUGGAAGAACCCACCCCACCCCCACCCCAUUCGGUUUCUGUUUCUGUCAAACAAGGCGGCAAGCCCAAAAAGGCGAAACACAUGGUGACGGAUUCUCAGCCUCUUCCAGCAAUGGUCGCAACUGCCACGGAUAAAAUUCAAUGGAAGGUUUUGCCUGGCGAAGAGCCACGAAAGAAGAGCACGGCUCCUCCAAGCAAGACGGCAGUCUCAUUGGAAAACUCUAUGCCCCUCGCUGAGGCCAAGAAGACACCCGUCACCAAGGUCACUCAACUCAAAGACAGCAAGCAGAAUGUUCAGAUGGAGGAAACCAAGCAUAAACCCCAAUCUCAUGAUCUUCUUAGCGAUGACACUCCGGUUAUGACAACCCCUCGCCAUUUCAAUACAGUGGCCAUCAAGCCACCCGUCGUCAAGGUCACUCGACUCAAAGACAGCAAGCAGAAUGUUCAGAUGGAGGAAACCAAGCAUAAACCCCAAUAUCAUGAUCUUCUUAGCGACGAUGACGCCCCGGUCAAUUCAACAAUGAUAACCCCUCACCAUAUGAACACAAUGGCCGUCCACAGUCCAGGUGCUGCAGAAUUGGCAGGUCUGAAGUUUGCCGAGAAGGUCGGAGAGUCGGUGCCAUCCAAGAGCAUUGACGGAGUCAUUGCCCCUAAAACAACGAUCAAUGAUUCAAGUCGAGAACUUGACGGCUUCGGUCUAUAUGGUCCGAAAAUUAUUGAAGAACUUCGCGACAUUCGCAAACACAUUCGUUCGCCCCAAGAGUUGGCUACUGCACAUGAUAUCGAACGCAUACUGGAAUCUAAAUUGCUUCAGUUGAUUCCUGAAGCACCUCCACCGCCUACAGCACCUGCAUCAUCGGAUAUAGAAGGUCGGCUGGGGAAUCUGCUUGCACUUGUGGAAUAUCUUUCCGCAUCGCAGCAAGGAACUAACGCUGUUGAAAUUUCUUCGACUGCCCGGCGCGAUAUUACUCCAUUUGACGGGCACCGAUCGCCGCCUCCCCCUUCGUCUAGUUCAAACUCACCCCCGUCUGCCGAUAAACGCGCGCGCAAGGUACAUGUGCCCGGCCUCUCGCCAACCAAUAGUGAGAGUUCCGACGUAAUUUCACAGUUCGAGACUCUUCAGGUUUCGGACAAACUCGCCGCGCCCCUCCAACCGCAGCGUGUGGUCCCAGUCCCAGCUCUUCGUCCGCUGAGAAUUCCGAAGAAGGCUACUACAUCCGAUAUGUCCGUUCAGGCUACUCCUGCUCUGGGAUCACGUGCAAAGGAAUCAACGAAAAAGCCACAGACUCUGAACGAUUCGAUCUUUGCAGGAUCUGUACCCCUUGUCACUCCCAAUGCUAACGUUAUUGAACCUAAUGCGGUGCGUUCCCAGACCACUGGUCGGGUGUUGAGCGCAAACCAUCCAAACAUUCCCAAGCACCAGGAUUUCCAGGCAACGGGCGCUCGUACAAUCGGCCCUGCGCCAUACAAACCCCGCGUGAUUGGACCUGCACCCUCUGCCUAUGAGCCAACCACGUUGCGCGAUGUGCCAACAGCCCACAUUCGUACUGUUUCCGUUCAGCAUGCUAACACUGAGAAUCGGCCCUCCUUGGAUGUUGCAAACCGUGCUUCGACCUCCAUGGGUUACUUCAAUGGCCCAGCUUCCCAGCAAGCUCCGGGUGAACUGUUCUCCAUGCCUGACCCUGCGACGAUUCUCCAGCCCAAAGCGAAGGCGGCUGGUUUCUUCACUUCCAACCAAUCUCGCCGCUAA